AUGGCGACGACUUUGACUGACCAGAAACGACCUCAAUUACAGCCCGUGUGUCAGAAUUGUGGCACUUCUACCACUCCCCUAUGGCGCAGGGACGAACUCGGCUCUGUGCUCUGCAACGCCUGUGGUCUAUUCCUGAAACUGCACGGCCGACCUCGUCCGAUCAGCUUGAAAACGGAUGUUAUCAAGAGCCGUAAUAGGGUUAAGACCGCCGGUCAGGGCCCUAAGCGUAAAUCCGGUAGUGGCCUCGAUGCCAACGGCCUCUCUGGCUCGAGAUCAGAAGCAGGCACUCCUCCUCUCGGCACCCAUGGAUAUCGUCGCGCGUCGCGGAAGGGCUCUCCGGGCCAUUCGGAUAGAUCCAACUCUCCUGUAUCUCGGACGGAAACCCCUGGCAUUCCUCCCAUGCAGCAACACAACUCCAACAUUGCACCACAGCACAUGUUUGACAGCGUUACUUUAGCGGACCACAGUUUUAACCCUCCCAAUGGCCUUCCAUCUCGCCAGUUGCGUCAACCUUCUCCUACCUCGACAUCAUCUGCUAUGGACCGUCACAUCGAGGCACCACAGACAUUCGAGGCACUCCUCGCAGCCAACACUUCGCUGAAGACUCGUGUCAGUGAGCUUGACUUGAUCAACGAGCUCUUCAGGGGUCGUGUGGCAGAACUUGAGCAAAGCGAUGCGACCGCGCGUCGGUCAGAGAUGAUUGCCCGAGACUCGGAGGUGCGCCUUCGACGGUCUUUAGAAGAAUCUCAACGGCGUGAAGAAGAUCUCAAGCGGCGUUUAAGUGAACUUGAGCAGCAUCUUUCUGAGCGUAACAGCACUGGCAACCUGACGAACAACGACAGUCCUGGCGAACCUCUGGCAAAAAAGAUAAGACUAUCCGACGUGGUAGAACAACCUUCGGGUUCUCCUACCAAAUCACCCAAGAGCGUCUAA